GAAUACCAAAAACACGAGAGGGAGAACAAGCUUGAAACACCCCAACGCCGCACCAACCAAAGCCUCGCAUCGCACCGCAUUGAAUUUCAUUGCAGCGCACGACAACGCAGCACAGCACAGCACAGCACAACACAUCGCUACGAACCACCAUGGCGCCUCCCCGCGGCGGCGGCAACAGCGUCGGAAGCAGGCCACCGCCGAUCUUGUUUUUGUUUUCGCACUGCUGGAAGGUCGUGGCCUGCCUCGGCUUUGCGGCGAUUUUCGUGCGCCAGUACCGGUUCCUGGGCCUCUUCUACGAGGAAUCGGUCUCGGCCCCGGCGGUGGGGAGCCUCGCGGGCGUGGGGGUGGUCCGGGAGACCACGGGGUCGGCGGCGUCCUUUGCUUCUGGGGCAGCGGCUUCUGCUGCUGCAAGGCAUCCMKCGGCGCCGAUCGCCGCCGAUUCCCCACCAAAGGGCAGGGCUUACACGGCGGAAACGGACGCGACGACGGAAACCUUGGCACCGACCGCCGCACCGACGACCGCAUCGACGAGUGCAUCGACCUUACCUCGAGAAGCGGAGGUUCCGGAAACCUCCGGAUCAGCAGACAGCGAGCUCGGGGACCCUUCGCCUCCACCGUCGCCGCCGCCUACCGCUGCCUUGCAGCUGCUCGACCUCGGCCGCGAAUGGAAAAAAAAUCUCAAAAAGAAGCUGGCCGCCGAGGAAAAGGUCCGGGGCCGGGGCACCAAGCCCAAGGGAAAGCUGCGUGCCAGCAUCCGCAAAAAUUUCAAGAGGCUCAACGACCGCCUGGCAGCCAUCAACGCCACCGCGGAGAUCGACGAUCCGAGCCGGUACCACUUUGUGACGCACGAGGGGUACCAGUCCAUCGUCGAGGCGGCCCGAACCUCCCURGACGARGCGCUGGAGGCCGUCCGGACCGACUGCGUCCUGUGGCUGGUCCCCCCCACCGGGACCAUCACCGCCCUCGAGGUCGAGCGCGACGACGCCGACACCACCAGCCACGACAAGAACCCCCUCGCCGGCCCCCUCCUCCGGUUCCAGUGCGGAACCAACGCCACGGACCUGUCGGAGGAUCCCUGCGGCGCCUCCAACCUCUGCAGGGUGCGGUCGGACCCCGGCCGGUGGAGGGAAUACUAUGCAAGCAGCGGUUCCAACGAACCCGAUGCCUUCAAGAGUCGGUACAACCACACCGAGCUCGAAGAGAGGCUGAUGCCCUCGAGCAAAGACCACCCGGACGCGUCGUCCUCGGCCAUCCUGACCAUGGUCGACACCGUGCAGUACCUGCGGUACGGCAAGAGCUCGACCUCGCUGAAAAAGCAACAAAUCUUCAUCUGGGAAUGUUUCCUGAACAAGGCGAGCUACGCGCUGCAAACCAACCGCGAUUUUUACAUAUGGAUCGGUGGGGUCUCCGAGAACGAAGGAGGCGGCGGAGACGACAAGGUCACCGUCCUCAAGAAGAAGAGCAAAAAGAACCCCAAGGGGAGCUCCAAAAAAAUAAAACCACAACCGGUCCUCCACCAGCGCAACACGGAAGAGAUCGCGAGGGUCUUUGGGACCACCUGCAACCCGGAAUCCCCCGACAAAAACGCGGUCCACUACUACAAACCGGUUGCCUUCGGGGCCUACUUUCAAAAGAUCGCUCCGCAGAGGAACACCGGUGGUGGUGGUGGUGGAUCCUCCCCCGACCCCCGCGCGUGGUUCAUCGACGCCGACAUUUUCUUCAACCCCGAGGCCUUUCCGUCCGUUCCCGCCGCCGACAGCGGUGACGAUGACGGUGGCCCCUUGUCCCUCGACGACUACUUUGACAUUUCGCCGCAGGCAUCGCUGCUGGGCUCCCAGAACCCCUCCGGCAAGGACGAGAACAUCCUGAUCAACGGCGGUUUGCUGGGACUCCGGAACCGCGGGAGCAAGACCGUCGAACACCCUUUCGACGACUGGGUCCUGGAUUUCUCCGCCCUGUGGUGGUACUGCCGCUGCGGGGAACGGGACCAGAUCGCCCUCUGGCUCUUGCUCUUUGCCACCUGGAGCGCCGAGAGCAGUUUCAGCCAGAGCGAGGCCCGGUUUUCCUACCCGGGGGUGGCCUUCGAAAACUACCUCUUUGCCUGGUUCGCGGUGAUCCCCCACGCCCGGAUCUUUCUGCCGGUGCUCCAGCGGGCGUGGGCGAGGGACACGGCCGUUCCGGCACAUCCGUCGGCGUGGACCACCGUCCCCACCAACACGAGCCUCUUCGACGGCGGGGACGGUUUUUCGGGGGGU